UCUCAUGUACUCCUGACCCAGUGGCAAGAUUUCCCAUGCACCACGGGGGCCAGGGUCUCUGGGAAUCCCCGGCCUCCAGGGCAGAAGAUGGGUUGUUGCAGUCUGACAGCACGGGGUGGUGAGGCUCCCUUAGAGGGAGGCCAAGAGGAGAUGGAGCUGCUGAGAUGGGGCAGCAGCAGGAAAUGGUUGACCUCCAAAACUAGAGAGGAAAGAUCCAUUCAUCCCCAAGAUCGCUCAGCUGACCAGGGAAAUGGACAAGUGAGAGAUAUUGGACAGCUCUUCCAAGAAGCUCUUCAAUCUCUGGAUCCCCAGGAAGAGGUGCUGUGGGGUAAGACCCGAAAGGAGCUGGAGGCAUUUCUGUUUUCAGAACCAAUCCUGAAGUGGAAGCAGGGCAGAAUACAUUCUCUGGGGGAAGUCUUGUGGUCCUCCAUGGUCCAGUUCCACAGCCGCCACACAGAGGAGGCACCUGAGAGGUACCUGGUGCUCUUUCCCUCCCACGUUCUGGUUCUGUCGCUGGCCCCGGAGCAUCAAGCUUUUGUCUACCAGGGACUUCUUCCCCUCACAGGGCUGAGGGUGAGAGAGCACCAGGGUGACCAGACUGGGCUUGACAUCUUCGGUUCCAUGAUUGAGACCAGGACCAUCUUCUGUGGGACCCCUGACAAGUGCCGGCUCUGGUUUCUUGGGCUCCAGCAUCGAAUCCAAGAGUUGAAAGGCCAGAACUUGGAACCACAUUCUAGUCCCCUGUCUCUGCUGGUUCCCUGUGAUGAGCCCUGGAAGAGGCAGGAGCUCCGAAGUCGCCUCCUCUGCUCUCCCAUCCAGCAAUGGGAGGGAAAGCCCAUUCAGCACCUGGGACCAGUACAAGCUCUGGUGCCUGUCCAGGUGGCCUAUGCAAGGUCCAGGGAGUUCCAAGAUCGCCUCCUGCUUCUGUUUGCCGAGGACCUGGUGUUCUUGUCUCUGAGCCCUGGAGGCUCUGGCCUCAUCUACCAGGGAAAGCUCCCUCGGGCAGGAAUUCGCGCUCAGGAGAAGUCAGCCAUUCUCGGGAGGCUGGAGUUUGAAAUGACAGGCAACGUGAUGGAACCAAUCCUGGUGGCCUGCUCGGAGGCAGAGGACUAUGAAAUGUGUCUGUUCCACUUGCAGAAGCCUGGCAUGCAGCUUCCUUCCAUGCCCAGCCAGCCUCCGAUUAUUCCCAAGAAGCUGAAGAGGAUUUAGGAGGCAGCCAAGCAGUUCCCCCCUCCAGACAGAGCCCCUCUGUCUCUUACCCCAUCCCCCGCCUCACUCCACCCUCUGCUCAUACAGCUGGACAUUUCUCAUACAGAGACUCUGGGGAAGCAACAGGAGGCCAGGGGGCCCGACAUCCAGGACUCUGAGGAAGGGCCUCCACUCCAGGGCCUGGUAACACCCAAGGAGGCUAGUUUUCCAAAUCAGGGGUGGGGUGCUGCUGCCAGGACACUGGCCAAGUUCCUGGCAUCCAUCCCAGUAGACCCAAGGGACCCACGCAUCCUGUGACGUGCUGAUGAGGACUCAGACCUCAGGUUACCCUUCCUUCUUUGGUCAGAUCAUAGAGUGAGUGAAAAGGAAUAAAUGUGAAAUAAAGCCAGAACAUUA